UGGUAAUUAGCAAAAAAAAGAGCCGCUGAAACAGCUAAAUGCACGCAGUUAAAUUGGGUCUAGUUCCGUUUUGUUUUAUGUGCAUCAUAAUUCGGAAGUAAUAAGUGUCGAUUUUCACGUCUGUUAGCAAACUAAGCGAAGUAUUUGAGUAAAAUAAUCGUGCAAGAAACAAACUGAGCGCUUCUGCUGUAAGCCAAAAUGGGCGCGUAUCUCUCGGAACCACUUACGACGAAAGACUCGCAUGACGAGGGAAAUGAUUUGCUUGUAUGCGGUUCCAGCUCAAUGCAAGGCUGGCGGAUAAGUCAAGAGGAUGCUCAUAACUGUAUUCUAAAGUUUGACGAGAACGUUUCUUUCUUCGCUGUCUAUGAUGGCCAUGGUGGUUCUGAGGUCGCUCAGUACUGCAGUUUGAAUCUUCCAGCGUUUCUAAAAACGUUAGAGUCGUACAAAUCUAAGAAUUUCGAGCAAGCCUUGAAAGAUGCUUUCAUCGGUUUCGAUGCCACCUUGCUAGAGGAAUCAGUAAUUGAAGAGCUGAAAAAAUUGUCUGACAAAACCAACGGAGAAGAAGCGGUGGAAGACGAGGAAGUAGAAGAUGAUAAUGUUGAUGAUUUGUGUAAGGAGGCUUGUAUGCCUUUGAAUGAAGUUCUGCAGAUGUAUAAAAAGGACAAAAAACAUAAUCCCCUAAUGAAGAUUAAAGAAGAUAGUUCCUCAAAACCGCUGUCCCCGUAUUUGAAAGGUAAACGAAAGAACCUGUCGUCCGAUACUAGCGAUGAUUCAGGUCCAAGCUCUACCAAUACAGGUGUGCCUGUCGCUGCAUCCUCUAACGCAGAGGCAGAUGUAUCUAGUGACGUCAAAAUCGGCAUUCCGGAUGCAAUCGAUUCCACUGUGAGUAGCUCCAGUAACAAAACAGAAGAAAAUCUUCAGAAUCCAGAAUCCUCAUUCAAGAAGGCUGAGCAAAGCGAUGAAAUAAGCGAUACAGAAGGAAUCGUGCCCAAGGAAGAUUGUGCUCCAGAUAGUUCAUCUUCAUCAAAACAAGAUGAAGAAGAAAAGUUAACCUCGAAGGAAGGAAACAGUUCUGAUCCUGCUCUCAACGGUGAAGUUAUUGAGUUAGGCGGUAAAUCCAGCGUAUCUUCUUCCUCGGCUUCUGGUCAGGAAAAUGGUGUAGUUUCAAGUAAUACUGGUGAAGCAGGGACAUCUGCAGGCAAAAGUGCUGCAACAAACGUAGAUAGUUCUUCUCCAGGAUCUUCAUCCUCUCCGGCUGCGCCUGAAAAACGUAAAGCCACAAAUGGGCCAAACAUGGUGGAUGAUUCUUCAGAAGAUGAUACAGACACCGAUGAUGAAUUUGCAGUAUGCAGCUCCAGCACCGAGGAUGGAGAUGAAGAACAUUAUGGCGAGGAAGGCAGUGAAGAAGAAGACGAAGAAGAAGUUGAAUAUGAAGAAGAUGAAGAAGGUUACAUGAAUGAAGAAGAUGAAGCAUUCAUGAAUAACAUUACUGAUGAACCAGGCAAGGAUAGUGGUUGUACUGCAGUUGUAGCGCUAUUGCAUGAAAAGGAACUGCUGGUGGCCAAUGCUGGGGACUCCCGGUGUGUUGUUUGUCGCGAUGGUAAAGCUCUAGAGAUGAGUUUUGACCACAAACCUGAAGAUCAAAUCGAGUUCGAUCGAAUACAAAAGGCCGGAGGUCGUGUAACGCUAGAUGGUCGUGUUAAUGGAGGAUUGAAUUUGUCGCGUGCCAUUGGCGAUCAUGGGUAUAAAAUGAACAAGAAACUUCCUCCAGAGGAACAGAUGAUCUCGGCCUUACCUGACAUCAAAAAGAUAACCAUUGGUCCCGAAGAUGAAUUUAUGGUAUUAGCCUGCGAUGGAAUAUGGAAUUUUAUGACGAGCGACCAGGUGGUUGAGUUUGUACAAAAGCGCAUCAAGGAUGCUACCAAGAAACUGUCGGAAAUUUGUGAAGAAUUGUUUGACUACUGCUUAGCUCCACAUACAAAGGGUGACGGAACCGGCUGCGACAAUAUGACCGCAAUCAUCGUUCAGUUUAAACCGAACUUCACUGGUGGAGCGUCGAGGAAGCGUACUGCCUCGGCAGGAGAUGAUACCGGUAAACUUGAAAAUGAUUGCAAGAAGGCAAAAACGGAAACAGGCGCUAGCUCAACAACCGAUAGCGAUGGAAGCAAUUGUAAAGCAGUCCCCACCGGUACUGUUAGCGGCGAUGAAAAAGAAGCAGCUGCUGCUGUAGCAUCCAUCGAAUCUAGCUCACCUGUGGACUGCAGCGAUAAUAUUGCUUCGUCGUCAACGUGAAUCCGUAGUCUUAUCGCCCUUAGUUUGACACGCAUCCCGUAAGUUUCAUCGUUUAUCUUUAAUUGCCUAUAUCUGUGCGCUGUUUUCGUUUUUUAUGUUACAUUAGCAAUUCAACCGCGAUGGUUGAAUUGUUUUGUUCUUUAUGCACAAUUCAUAUUUUCAUAUAGAGAAUUUGUCAAUUUUAGAUGGCAUGUCAUGAAAACAUACCCAUAUGUUCUAAUUGUGAGAUUAAAAUUGGGAAAAGUUUAUGCAUAACUGUAAGUGUAAGAGACAUGCACAUAUACCCAUGAAAAUAAUGACACGAUUAUGGCUUAUGUUCAGUAUUUGAUGUUUGAAUUGUGUCGACAUUUCGAAACUAUAACCCCGUACCGUCGGUAUUACCUUAUCGAUGCAUCCUACUCGUGAAAGGGUUACGUGACCUAGAAUUUUUUGUUUCUAAUAAUAAACAAUUUUGAAAUCAAUAUUUUAUUGAAUAAUUCUAGAUUAUAUCAUUACCGAUAAUCAAAUAUUCUUAACUCUAAUUGUUUAAAGUAAUUUGUGAAAUAAGGAUUAAAUUUUACACUGUAUCGUAAGAGCCGCACUAAGUACAUAAAUAAUAACGGCAUGCAACAGUAAUCUUACCCGUACAUAAAAAUUGCACGUGUGAAAUUCUCCCAGUUUAUGUAAAUAUUACUGGAUUGGUAAUUAAUGAAAACUGGCGAGCUAAUGCACAUUUUAUGAUAGAGGGCAAAGGUAAAUUUAGGACGAAGCUAAUUGGAAGUGCAUCCCUGUGAGUAAUGCGUAUGCUUCGAAAACAAAUGGUAGUGUAACUGUGAAAGGAAAAUA